UCUGCGCUGGGACAGGGAAGCACCGUGGGUAGCACUCUGUGUGCACGGAUGGACCUCCAGGGCAUGCGGAGUGUGCAGCUCAGUGACGGGCACCGGAUGCCAGUGCUGGGACUUGGCACCUACGCUCCUGCUGAUGUUCCAAAGAGCAAAGCCGGUGAGGCCACCCAAAUGGCCAUUGAUGUUGGCUUCCGGCACAUCGAUGCUGCCUAUUUCUAUGAAAAUGAGGAGGAGGUGGGGGAGGCAAUUCGCGCGAAGAUGGCUGAUGGCACCGUGAGGCGUGAGGACUUGUUCUACACCACCAAGCUUUGGGUGACUUUCCUUCAGCCACAUUUGGUCCGGCAGUGCCUGGAAAGGUCCCUGAAGAAACUGGGGCUGGACUACGUGGACCUCUUCAUCAUUCACAUGCCGGUAGCUAUGAAGCCCGGGGAGGAACUCCUCCCACAAGACGCUAGUGGGAACUUUCUCUUAGAGCAGGUGGACCUGUGUCAGACGUGGGAGGCCCUGGAGAGCUGCAAAGACGCAGGGCUGACCAGGUCCAUCGGCGUGUCCAACUUCAGCCGCAAACAGUUGGAGAUGAUCCUCAGCAAGCCAGGGCUCAAGUACAAGCCCGUGUGCAACCAGGUGGAGUGUCACCCUUACCUGAACCAGCAGAAACUGCUGGACUAUUGCAAGUCCAGGGACAUCAUCCUUGUGGCCUACAGCGCCCUGGGAUCCCACCGGGACCCUCGAUGGAUCAAAAGAGAUUGUCCGUUCCUCCUGGAGGAGCCGGUCCUGAAGGCCAUUGCCAAGAAACACGGUCGUAGCCCCGCCCAGGUGGCCCUGCGCUACCAGCUGCAGCGGGGGGUGGUGGUGCUGGCCAAGAGCUUCAGUGAGAAGAGGAUCAAGGAGAACUUCCAGGUGUUUGACUUCCAGUUGACCCCAGAGGACAUGAAAGCCAUCAAUGGCCUCAACAGGAACUUCCGCUAUUGCGGAAUGGAAUUCACAGUAGGCCACCCUGACUACCCGUUUGCUGAGGAGAGCUGAGCUCAAUCGCUGUCCCAGGCACCAUCCCCAGAGCUCCUGGACCCUCAAACAUGGCUGUGGGAGGCUCAGCCCCACCUUUUCCGUUUGACCUGUUCCUUCCAAUCAAUACUCAGAUCGAAGGCAUUGUAUCCUGAUUAUUCAAUCAUAGAUUAUUCACUACAAAUUACAUUGGAAUCAGAUACUGAUAUAGGCUAAUAUAAGAAUAUAACAGUUUGGAAAUUUCCAAUUAAACUGCUUUCUUGGGGGCUCUCCUGUUGAUUGUUCUUUCUA